AUGUCAAGUGAUUCAGUUUCUGAAAAUGCAAAAUAUGAAGUCGCUGAUUCUUGUUCGGCAGACAAAAUCAAUGCAGAUGAUAGACAUCACAUGAUAAUGUCCGACGUCUUGCCUGACUUGGGUAAGCCAUUCUACAAGGUGCCUUAUCUAAGAACAUUGUCAUUGUUCGUUGUUGGUUUAUCCCUAUCCUCUACGAACCUUGGUUACGAUGGUUCUCUCUUGAACGGGUUGUAUGCUAUGCCGGAUUACCUCAACGCGAUGGGUAAUCCAAAUGGUGCAGAGUUGGGUGUUAUCUCUAAUGGUAUGGUGUUUGGUAUGCUUAUAUUAUUCCAACUUGCACCAUACAUCAUUGACAAGUAUGGUCGUAAAGUCGGAAUGUAUGUAGGUAAUGUUUUGAUUUGCAUUGGUGUCCUCAUCCAAGCAUUAUCUGGUACAUGGAUCAAUGGUUUACCAGAGGACUAUGACAAAAAAGACGUCUUCGGUAUGUUUGUUGCUUCACGUAUUAUCUUAGGUUCUGGAGUAUUGUUGAUUAGUAUUGCCACACCAGCUUUGAUCUCAGAAAUAUCAUAUCCCCCUCACAGAGAGCUUUGUACUUCCAUAUAUAAUACAUGUUGGUACCUUGGCGCUAUUGUUUCAGCUUGGGUCACCUAUGGCUGCAGGAACCUAGCCCACCACUGGAACUGGAGAAUUCCAUCUAUCAUUCAAGCUUUGUUUCCACUCGUUCAGCUCGUCGCGCUAUACAAAUGCCCAGAAUCUCCAAGAUAUUUGGUGUUCCAUAACAGAGAUGCUGAAGCAAGAGCAAUCUUAAAUAAAUAUCACGCAGGAAAUAAUGAGGAAUACGCAGGUUUGAUCGAUUUUGAGCUAGCAGAAAUUAAAUUGGCUAUUGAACAAGAAAAAGCCUCCCAGUCUACCAAGUUCUCUGAUUUCAUUAAAACUUCUGGUAAUCGCCAUAGGUUGUGGAUUUUGAUCUGGACUGCAAUUUUCACACAACUUUCCGGAAACGGUUUAGUGUCUUACUAUCUAUCAAAAGUCUUCAACUCUAUUGGUAUAACUGAUCCUGAUGAUCAAUUGAAAUGGAAUGGUUGGCUAAUGCUUUACAACUGGUUAUGUUCACUAAUUUUAAUAGGUUACAUCGCCCCAUUCUUCAAAAGAAGACAGUUAUUUUUGAUAUCUUUAGUUUCCAUGACUUCUUGCUACGUUGUUUGGACAGCAUUGUCUGCAGAAAACCAAAAGCGCAAUUUCGAGGAUAAGUCUCUAGCAAAUGGUGUCUUGGCAAUGAUCUUCUUAUAUUAUCUUUCUUACAACUUCGGAUUCAACGGUUUCCCAAAUCUUUACACAACUGAAAUAUUACCUUAUACUUUGAGAGGUAAAGGGCUUACAAUUUUCCAGUUGGCCAUUAGCAUUUCAGUUAUAUUCAAUGGGUUUGUCAAUCCAGUUGCAAUGGAUGCUAUUGAAUGGAAAUACUACAUCUUUUAUUGUUGUUUCUUAGCUGUUGAGAUCGUUGUUUGUUAUUUCACUUUCGUUGAAACUUCAGGAAGAUCUUUGGAAGAAGUUGACGAGGUGUUUGGAGACGGUAUCACCCAACUUCCAGAAGUAACAUCCCAGAUUAUGCUAGAAGCUGGUAAGAGGUUGUCUGUUGAACAUGUAGAAAGAACAGACACGUCAUCCUGA